AUGUUACGGACGGAGGGGGAGCAACCGCCCGUCAUCCCGCGUACCUCACCCCGCUUCUACUCGUCUCCUGCACCUUGCAUUCCCCGCGACCGCGAAUGCUUAGACAAACUCAGCGCCAACGCAACCUCGUCGGCGGGAAUGAAAGAAGGGCUCCCGCCGGCGUACGACAUUCGCGACAGGACGGCGCUCAAGAGAAGAACAACAACCAAGAAGACCCCUCAAGCUCCAUAUGCAGACACAACAUCCACGACGCCGCUAGUGUUCGUUUUAAGCACCGGUUCCGACCCAUUUGGAGCAUUUCAAAAGUUUUCUACUGACAUGGGCAUGCGAGACCGUGUCCAUUCCAUCUCCCUAGGACAAGGGCAGGGCCCUGUCGCUGAGCGAAUGAUCAGCAACGCUAAGUGCAAGGGAGAUUGGGUGUUCUUGCAAAACUGCCACCUGGCAGCAUCUUGGAUGAUGAACCUAGAGCUGAUUGUGGCCAAUCUUGGCGAUGAACAGGGUGACCCACAUCAAGAUUUUCGCCUUUUCUUGAGCUCUAUGCCGACGCCGAAAUUCCCAGUGUCCGUGCUACAGAACUCGGUCAAAGUUACCAACGAACCACCAAAAGGCUUAAAAGCAAACGUUAAGAAAGCACUAAUCGAUAUGGAUGCGGACUUUUACGAAAAUCAUGUACUAGAGCAAGAUUGGCGCACUCUACUGUUUGGCAUCUGUAUGUUUCACGCUAUCGUUCAAGAGCGAAAGAAAUUCGGACCACUUGGCUGGAACAUCUCUUACGAGUUUAACGAUAGCGAUCGCGAAUGCGCAAUGCUCACGCUACAGAUGUUUUGCGCCGAAGGAGAUAUUCCGUGGGACGCACUAGAAUACAUUACCAGUGAGAUCACGUACGGCGGACGCGUGACGGACAUGUGGGACCAGCGCUGCUUGGCCGCGGCGCUAAAGCGCGUGGUGUCGCGAGAGGCUCUGCUCGAGGGGCACGCUUACUCUCCGUGCGGUCGCUACUGCACCCCCCGCGCUCCCCGCCUCGCUGACGCGCGCCUGCACGUCGACUCGCUGCCCGACAACGAGCCCCCCGAGCUCUUCGGCAUGCACGACAACGCCAACAUCGCCUACGAGAGGAAGGAGACGAGUGCGCUGCUGCAGACGUUAGCGGACGUCCAGCCUCGGUCCAUUUCUACUGGGGGGGAAUCCCCGGACCAGAUAGUGUGGCGCAUCUGCGAGACCACGCUCGCAUCUAUUGCCACACACCUGGACAAAGCAGUGACACACGAGUCGGUGUGGGCGGUGGACGAGCGAGGGCAGCCGCACUCGCGGGCCACGGCACUGCGGCACGAAGCGGAGCGCUACGACGCGCUGCUGGCGCUGCUGCACGCCUCGCUGCACAACCUGCAGCAGGCCAUAAAGGGGGAGGUGUUGAUGUCGGAGUCACUGGAGGAGGUGUACAGCGCGCUGGCGGCGGGUCGCGUGCCGGCGAUGUGGCACGCGCGCGCUUAUAACUCUCUCAAGUCGCUGGGCGGCUGGCUGCGAGACCUCACUCUGCGAGUGCACUUCAUAGAGGAGUGGUGGAAACACGGGCGAGCUGCCAGCAGCUGGCUGUCGGGGCUGUUCUUUCCGCAAGCGCUGCUGACGGGUGCGCUGCAGGCGCAUGCGCGCCAUCACCUGCUGCCCAUUGACGAGCUCACCUUCCACUUCCACGUCACUGGCGUCUUCGUCUCUCAGGACCAAGUCUACGCGCAUAACAAGAGCCACAAGGAGAGCGUGGACCUGUAUGGCGGGCUGCAGGUGCCCGACGAGGGCAUCAUCAUCCACGGCCUGUUCAUCGAGGCUGGCCGCUGGGAUGUUGGGCGCGGGUGCCUCACGGACUCGCUACCAGGGCAAACGUGGGCGUUACUACCCGCGGUGCACGUGAUGGCAGUGGUGGUGGGUUCUGGUGAUGGCAGUGGAGGAGAUGAUGCGGGUAGCGUGCGGUACGAGGCGCCGCUGUACCGCACGGCGGCACGCGCCGGCACUUUACUCACCACAGGGCACAGCACUAACUUCGUGGUGCCGCUGAUGCUGCCAGCAGACCAGCCGCCCCACUUCUGGAUCCUGCGCGGAACCGCACUGCUCACCCAGCUCACCGACUGA